CAUUAUCGUUAAUCACGAAAAAUGAUCAGUUCAAUGAGCUCUUACAUUAAUCGAUAAGUCAUCUUAUACGCUCUCAUCUUGAAUAAAGAACAAAAUAGAAUUAUUUUUGUAUAAUCCUAUAUCUAAAUUAUCUUCUUAGGUAAUACAACAAUGGAUGCUACACUUUCAUUUGUUAUGGCAAAUAUGGCUCAAUGUCAAUCGAAUCAUAUUACAUUGGAUCCAUUCUGUGGCACAGGUGGGAUUCUUUUGGCUUGUGCUGAAUUUGGUAGUUAUGUUAUUGGUAGUGAAUUUGAUUUACGUGUUUUAACAGCAAAAGCAAAACCAACAAAAGCUAAUACGAAACAACUUACUCGUAAUCCUGAUGAAAUGAUGCAUCGAAAUUUUUCUGAUUAUGGUACAUUAAAUCAUUUUUUGGGUGUAAUUGGAUCUGAUUUUGCAUAUCCAGCAUGGCGACCAACAUUUUUCUUUGAUUCUAUUGUUUGUGAUCCACCUUAUGGUAUUCGUGAAUCAUCUCAACUUAAAAGUCGUCGUCAUCAAACUGAUAAAAUAGAUGAUGAUCAAAAUUCUAUAUCAGAAAAAUAUGAUUUAACAAAUAUUUAUGUUGAUCUAUUAAAUUUUGCUAAUGUUUACUUAUGUAUUGGUGGUCGAUUAGUUUUCUGGUUGCCAACACAUAUAAUGACAUAUGAUGAAAAUUUAUUACCAACACAUCCAUGUUUUAAAUUAUUUUCUAAUGAUGAACAACAACUUAAUCGAACGGUUAGUCGAAGAUUAUUAACUUUAAUUAAAAUACGUGAAAGUAACAAUAAUGAAAAAGCUCAAGUGAAUGAAAAAUUAUUUAGUAAUUUUCGUGAUCUUUAUUUUACACCAAAUACAACAAUAUGGGAACAAUUACAUAGUAAUAAUACUAUAACUGAUUCUUCGGAUGUUUCAAAGAAAAAAAAACAUCAUGAUGAAUGA